AUGUCAUUCUGGCCAUUCGGACAAAAUUUGAAUCAUUCAGAUAUCAAUAAGAUAUUGGAUGAAUAUUUUCAAAUACUGCAUACCCUCGAGAAGGAAAACCCCCUCGUAAGAAAAGAGGCAUUGAAAUUCUUCAGUAAGAUAGACACAGAUUCUCAAAAUGUUAGUGCGAGUAUAUCAUCUGUGAAUUUAAGUGGUGAUGAGACGUGCAGUUCACUAGUACUUACCAAGAAUAUCUAUUUCAAUAAAAAUACAUUGUAUCCCACAAGAUCUGGUGGAGCGUCAGGCUCCAGCAGUACAAGUGGUUCACCAUUAUCAUCCGAAAAUUCUUCCGCAACUGAUUUGAAUUCAGAAGAUAUAAGUGAAACUACGACACCUUUAAAUGUGUCCAUCAAGAACUUAGACAACAGCUUUGUUGAUAGACUGAUAAUAGAUUCGGAAUUCUUAAAUGAAUUAACAAGACAAAAUUCUACAUUAUUGGAUUUCAUAUGCUAUGGAUUCUUUUUUGAUCCAAUCACAAAGGAAAAAGUUCAAAAUUUAGAUUAUCUGAUCGAUUCCUUACUUGCCUAUGUUGAUGAAAUACCAAUGGAGAUUGCAAAAACUGAAAAAAAAGAAGAAGUCAAGAUAUAUGCAACUGAUGAAGAAAAACAAACAGAGGAAGAACAAGCAGAAGCAGCAAACGAGGAACUUGCAAAUGAAGUACCAACGAGUUUGAGUAAAGCAACGAUAAUAUCUGAAGCAUUGGCAUUAGAUCUUUGGAUGUUAACGGAUGCUCUUAUCAAAAAUGAAUCAUAUCUAUCCAAACUAUGGUCUAUUAUUAGACACGAUGGUCUUGACUCUGAAAGUUCUUCUUUGGUUUCCAUCUUUUUAAAGAUAAAUCAAAAUUUAUUAUUUUCCAGAACAGAGAAUUAUAUUGCAUUUAUUUGUACUAAUCCGAAUUUAGUGGAUGAAAUUUUGGACCACAUCGAUGUUUCUAUGAUCAUGGAUUUUUUUCUGAAAAUAAUUGCCACAGAUAGAAUAGAAUCCCCGACUGGUGUUAUACAAUUAGUUUGUGACCAGAAGCUUAUAUAUAAGUCACUUCAAUUCCUUGAUAAUACGAAAUAUUCAUCGGAUGUUCAAUCAUGUUCUGGUGAUUUCUUAAAAGCAUUGAUCGGUAUAUCUGCAAAUGCACCAAUCGACGAUAUUGCAAUAGGACCAAAUUCAUUAACUAGAGAACUUGCCUCAAACGAAGCAAUUGAUAUCCUGAUCGACAUCAUAUUGAAUAAACGAGGUUACGCCCUAGACACAGCAGUAUCCAUUGUAAUAGAAUUAAUUAGGAAAAAUAACUCAGAUUAUGAUCAAGUGAAUCUCUUAGAAACUACAAUAAUUGACAAUCCACCAAUUGAUCGUGACCCAAUUUACUUGGGUUAUUUAUUAAAGAAAUUUUCCAUCAAUUUACCAAAUUUUCUAAAAAUUAUAGUCGAUAUUGAGACUGAUGAUUCCAUCCCUCUCAGAGAGAAUCAAUUGCAUGAAAAAUUUAAACCAUUAGGGUUUGAAAGAUUCAAGAUUGUAGAAUUAAUAGCAGAACUACUGCACUGUUCCAACAUGGGACUAAUGAACUCAAGGAAGGCUGAGAAAAUUGCUCUCAAACGUGAUAAAUAUAGAAAACGUGCAAAUAGUUAUGAUGUACACCAUACAUUAAGCAAUCUGUCAAUACGUGAUAAGAACUCUAUUACAACUCUUACAGGCAGUGAUUCGAAUGAUCUUAAAAGUAAUAAUGACAAUUCUAAUGAUUUUAACGAAAAUGAUGAUACAAAGGCAGUCAAAAAACCUAAAACCAAUAAUGACCCUAAUAUUAAUACCAGCAUCAAUGCAUCGGAAGAGCAGGAGGAAGUGAAUGAAGAAAGUGAUAGUAGUAUUGAAGAAAUUGAUGAAUCAUUCGAGAUACCUUAUAUCAAUGAAAGUCAAAAUAUGAAAUUACGAGAAUAUCCAACUAUGGGUGAUUUGUUUAAAAUAAGCCUUUAUGAUACUCAGGUAAUGCCCCAGAUAAUGAAGUUGUUUUUAGCGCACCCUUGGAAUAAUUUCUGGCAUAAUGUUAUAUUUGAUAUCAUUCAACAAAUUUUCAAUGGAAGAAUGGACUUUUCAUAUAAUUCGUUUCUGGUAUACUCUUUGUUCAACCUAAAGGGAUCUUUGCAAUACAUGCCGCCAGACGUCAUUGCGGGCAUAGAGAAUAUUGAAGAUGUGAAUUUUGCAAUUACGACGGAUUUCAUUUUGAAAGGAUAUCAUGAUUCAUUCAAAUUUUACGAAACGAGAAAAACAAAUUUGGGGUAUAUGGGCCAUCUAGUUCUUGUAGCUGAAGAAAUUAUUAAAUUUUCAAGGCUUUAUAAGGUUGAACUGAUAUCACCGGAUAUACAAGAAGCUACGGUUGACAAAGAUUGGAGAUAUUAUUCUAAUGAUGUAUUAAACGAGACUAGAAUCAUGUAUUCUAAGAUUCUUGGGGGUGGUACAUAUGUUGAUGAUGGGAACGGGAACAUCGUACCACAGUUAGCAACAGAUGGUACGCCUGAAGAAAAUAUGGGGAUCCCUUCAAGUGAUGAUCAAGAGUUCAAUACUAACUUUCAAGAAAUGAAAGAUGGAGGGGAACUCAUAAAUGUUGAAGCACUGGAGGAACAAUUAAUGCUAUCGACAGAAUCAGAUCUCCAUAACAAACUUCGUGAAAUGUUGGCAUCGCAAGGUCAAAAACAAGUAGAUGAUCGAAAUGCCAAAAAUGGGGUUAUAAUUCUUGGUCCACCUCCACAAGAGGAGGAAGAGAAUAAUGUUGAUGAAGAUGAUGACAAUCACUAUGCUUACGAUUAUGAUGAACCCAAAGGUGCUAAUGAGGAAUACGGAAGUUAA